UCCUAUAGAUGACAUCAUCGAAGGGUAUUCAACUGUCACCUCAUGUAAAGAACCAUGUGUAAAAGCAAAUCGAUAGUGAAUCGUCUUUGAUGUGUGAGAUUGAUGGCGGUACUCAUGGUAUUAUGUUGUUUGUAGUACAACAUUUUUAAGCAAUAUAAAUAUCAGAGUUGCUAUAAAUUUACUUAUCAGUGUGUCGUUUUAACAGAUGAUUAAUUUUAGUGUUGGCGUUAUAUUGCCUUCAGCAGGUUUUAGUGAGAGAUUUGGAGUUCCUGUUCCUAAACAGUAUUAUGAAGUGUUGGGGAAACCACUCUUUUUAUAUGCAGUAGAAGAAUUUAAUCGUAUUCACUGGGUGAAGAAGAUUGUACUUGUUGUUGACAACCCAGAGCAUGUGCAAGGUUUACUUGAAGAAUCGCAUGCUAAUAGGGAAAAAGUGUCCGUUGUUCAGGGAGAAAAUACACGUCACCGAUCGAUCCGAGCUGGGGUGCAAGCACUUCAAAAAAAUGAGAGCAACUUGAAAGUGUUGAUUGUUCAUGAUGCUGCACGACCCCUAGUACCAUCAGAGUUGGUUGAGGAAUUGGUGAUUGCAGCGGAAGAACAUGGUGCAGCUGGUGCUGUUAGGCCUCUGAUCUCCACAGUUCUUCAAGCCAAUUCAGAUGGAUUCCUCGACCACAGUUUGGAUAGGUGCAAACAUGUAUCCAGUGAAACACCACAGGCUUUCCAGUUUGACAUUCUGGCAUCUGCUUACAACAAGUGCAGUGACGAGGAGCUGGAUACUGGAACAGAAUGCUUGCAGCUAGCUCUCAGUCACACUGGAGUUCGGGCUAGGCUCAUUGAAGGGCCCCCUGAUCUCUGGAAGGUGACCCACAAGAAGGACAUUUAUGCUGCUGUUGGCUGUCUGAGAGAGAGAACAAACCAAGUUUGUAUCAUGGCAUCCGAAGAAAAUGAUACAGUGAGACUCUUGACAGAAACCCUUGAAUCCAAAGUGUCGAUGGUGCAGUGUGUGGUAACGUCCGUCGAUUCAGCCAGAAUGUCGUCUAGAGGAAGUUUUAACACUGUAGUUUUCUUCCACCUGCAUGAGAUUGAUCAAGACAAUCAGCUUUUGGACUUAGCAGCCAUGUUGGAUGUAGAUCACCAGGGUCUGAUAAUCCACGUGAUAGAACAUACUAAUGCGGACGGCAUGCAGAGCAUGUCAGUGUACGAUCUUCAUCGAAGUGGACGGAACAUGGCUAAACACUAUGAGAAGCUGCAGAAGGGAGUUGUUGUUAUUCAUUGUCUGACUCCUGGUGAAGACAGACGACUGGCUGAACUGGUAUCAAGCCUUAUCCUGUCUGACGCGAGCACAUUUUCUGGCCAGACUCUCUUCCUUUGAAACAGUUUGCUGCAGUUGGUAAUCUGAACAGCACAGAUGUACAAGUCACUUCAUGUAAUACAACUGUAAUCAGGUAUAUGUCUGUGUUUAGUGUUGUACAGUUAUACUAUAGCUCGGUAUAAUGCAAGUAUUAUGCUCAAAUGUUGAAUCAUAUAUAUAUGUAUUUUAAAGUUGUACAGCAGAUGUAAAAUACGUACACUCUUUAGUAUUAUUUUCUCUUAACACUAAUCUAUUUUUGAAUGUUGAUAUCUUUGGAACAGUGUUUUUUCAUUUGUACAUUUGAAGUUGUUAACAAAUAUUUUCAGGUAUAAUUAUUACAAGAUGGUGUAAUAAGAAGGGAUAUUAUGUUUUAUUCUUAAUGUUUCCACCAAUUCUUAUAUGUAUUAUACCUAUUUGGUAUACUGCAUCAGUAUUUCAGCUUUGUGUUGUGAAUAUGAUGACCAGCUAUAUGACAUGUAGUGUGUAGUGCUUUGUUUAUACCGAUGGGCUGGUUUAUUCUCAUGUUCAGUGAUUCAAAUAUUUUUCUCAGUAAAACCAGUAUUAUGUAACGUUGAGUUCGGUGCUGGAUAUUAUGGCCACUGUGUACACGGAACCUUGAGAUUUAAGAAAGCUGCUGAAUGACCAGAUUAAUUUGAGAUGUGACUUUUUUAAAAUAGUUUGUUUUAAAAUGUUUAGUUUCUGAGACUUAACUACUCAAAUUCAGGUCUAUUUAUCUGUGAAGAAUGUUUUCAGUUGGAUGUGAAGCCAUGUAUGUACCUCUUCAUUGUUUGCAAAUCAGCAUUCCUAUAAUGCCUCUUUGGGCAGUCCAGUAAUAUUGUGAUCAGAUGGAAUGAGAUCUGGACUCUAUGUUGGGUGAGGGAGAAACUUCAAUUUCAGUUUUCCAAUUGUUUCAGUGAUCGCUGCUGCUGUAUGAAGUCGAGUGUUGUCACGAUGCAGAGCAGCGACUUCUGUCAUCUGCAUUCUCUAUAAAUAGCAGGUUUCAACUUCUCUAUAAACUUAGCACAAUACCAUGCACUAUUGACCAUCUGUCCAUGAUUCUGGUAGUGCUCAAGGAAGGGGCCCCAAAAAAUUCCAAAAUGGCAUCGACAUCACUUCGCAGGCAGAAGGCACAUUUUUCAGUUUCUUGAUCCUGGGCAAUGAUGUGCAUUUUUUCUCCAUGCAUUUGAUGUUUGCUUGCAGGUAAUUAGUGGUGCAGCCAUGUUUCAUUGCAUGUGACAGUCUGUUGCACAAAAGCCUCUUCAUCACAAUAUUGCUGCAAAAAUUACAUGCCCAUUCAUGCUCAUCUGUAAGCUGCUUUGGCAUUCACCUUACAGAAAUGUCGUGAUACCCGAGGUCCUUGUGGAUGAUGGAGUAUGCAGAUCCACAACUGAUGUGCAACUUGGUGGCUGUAUCAUGACAGUAAUAUGUCUGUCCUCUUGAACCAGUGCAUUAACUUCUUCAACACUGUCCAUUAUUUGUGAAGUGGUUCGACAGCCCGACAGUUGUCUGAAAAAUUACUAGGAUUUUACACACAGAUUGCCAUUAUUUUUAAAUUCCCCUCUUUAAGAGAUUGGAUAGAGCAAGGAUACCGAAAAGGGCAUUAGAAUUAAAGUUUAACGGAGAGGGACCCAUGGGACAACCCGGAACAACGUGAUUUUGCUAGGUACUAAAUGGCAAGAAAUUUAAUGGAGGGAAAAUUGAGGAAAUUGGACAAAGGUCAUUUGGUUGAUACUGCUCAAGGAAACAAACAUUGUUUAUUCUGAGAAUCAUACGAAACUCAUAAAUACAGGUAGUACAUGUCACUGCCACUGGGGUUUCAAGGGUUAGUAUUGGUAUAAACUGACAUCAGGGCCACCAGAAAGAAAGACUGGGUCAAGAAAAGAGAUCAUAACAUUCUUCUUUCAAUUGUGUACAUUUGUACACAUCCAUUUUCACAUUCCAUAACAUUGGAAAUGCUUUAUUUACUUCCCUUUAUUCAUAUUAGGUGUAUGAGUAAUGGCUGCUCAUCAACACAACUUUUCUACAUACUGUCUGGAAUGAUUGUGGAAGUGUCAUGAUUAAUGAUCAAAUAUCAGAAUGAUUUUCAUUAUAUUCUUCAGUUGUUUGAACAAACUCUCAAGCAUACUCAAAACAGUUGUGUAGUCCUGCUUUACUGCGAGUGUGCUCUUUUGUAUCCAGAAUUUCAGUACAAAUGCAAAAUGUUUUCUGGAUUUCCUGUACAGAAUUUUCUGUGCUGUAGAACUGAUUUUGCAGUACAAUUGAUUCACUGAUUCAUGUGUAUUGUAUGAUCCCCACUUUUAUAUGGAGACAAACUUAAAUCAGUCAUGUCAAUGUCAAUGAAAUGUCAAUUUGUGUUGAAUUUAUUUCUGGUCUCAUUGCAUUUCUAGACAACAUUCUAAACACUGUCAUAUUUCACAAUGCUGAUGUAUAGUUUCUCCACAUUUAAGAUAAUUUUGUGUACUUAUCACAUCAGAGCAUGGUGCAAGGGACCUUUUACACCUGGUUUUUCAUAAAUUACCAACGCUUAUGUCAUGUAAUCAGCCUACACACACUGAUGUUUGUAAUUUUGUUAUACUGAGCCAGUAAUUCCCACCAGCAUAUCAGGUGUUUUCGGGGACCUUCAAAACUUGUAGCUUUUGCUUAUCUUUAUGUAACAACUUCAUGUGCUUCUGUAGGGUCAUUUAUAAUUGUCCAUUAUCAUAGGUAAUUUAUUUUCAUUAUACCAUAACUAAACUCUAAUAAUCAGUAUGCAGAAAACUGAUGUCUUGCCCAGAAAUAUUGCAAGUGGUUGGUAACGACUGCAGUAGACAUAUUUGAAGAUACGUAUUUCUGGAUGAUUUUUAAAAAUAUACCUUGUGUAAGAAUUUAUAUGAAAUGUUGUUGUUUUUGCUGUUAAGUGUAUGUUUUAAACCAAAGUUUAUAUAUGCUUGCCCGAUUGUUUACUAAAGAUCUUAGAUGGAAAAUAAACCAGUACCAUGGACCAUUUGUAAUGCACAAAUAUAACAGGUUUUCCAUAAUGUACUAUACAGGUUGUCCCACAGCGGGAUUAUGCAUGCUCUCGGGAUCAUUUUGAGUCACAAAGUUCUAAUAAACCUGGGUCCGAUCUAUGUUCCUCCCUCAAAGUGAGACACCAAGUUUCAUACCCAUACAGCACAAUGGGCAAAAUUACACUUCUGUAUAUUUUAAUCUUUUGCUUUUUUUGAUGGACAAAAGAUUUUGAACUGAAUGAUAGCAAGCAUCCUCUGAAUUUAAAAUCUGCUCUUCAUUUCAUCAUGAAUGUCAUUCUGACUUGGUGUUGUCCCCCAAGUACUUAAAUUUUGUCACAUUUUGAAUGAUUCAUUAGCUAUCCUUAUAUCAAAUCUGUAUGCAUUUGAGAAAUAUGUGUGCAUUCUAACUUCUAAUCCAGAUUUUAAAAUAAUAUUUUUCAGGGUUCUUGAAGACUGUAUUUCACAAAUUGACUUCCAUAGUUCAUGAUAAUGUUGGUUACUUUUUUUAGUUGUUUGGGUGGUGUCUUAAAUAGGAACUGAGAAGAAAAAAAUCAAGGUUAUGGCUGAAUCUAUGAUCACCCUAAAACUAAUUAAAAUAAUAUGAAUUGUCCCCAGAGAAAAGUAUAGGCUUGUUGGCAGCCAUGGUGUCCCGAGGUUCAGAGACUGGCAAAAGGAAGCCGCAGUGGAAAGGUGUACUCUAUUUCAGAAUGCACAAAGUUUCCAGACGUGUUAUUUGUGAUGUUACUUCUCUGGUGAGUUAAUAUACAUCUAUUGCAGUUAAAAAUCUGCCAUAAAGAAAACUAAUCAGGUAUGGAGUGGUGUAUUAUUUUCCGUGUUUACCUUAAUCUCUUCAGAUUCAAGUAGCCAGAAACAGGUAAUUUCUUUUAGAGUAAUGGUUUUCUAAUUUGGAAAUUAUAUUAAAAUUUAUUGUCUUGUUUUGUUUCCUGCAUCUUGUGACAGAAAUGAGUGUUAGUAAUCACUAAUGUAAAGUAACAUUCAAGUCUGUAUUUGCCGGUUCCAGUCACAACUUGUACCUGUAUAAUUUAAAACCUUUCAGGCCAUUCAUCAAGAGGCACUGGUUUUCUAGUUUUGGAAUGAUAUGAAAAUUAUAAAAUGUUUUACUCCUUUCAUCUCCUCAAAUUGUGUUGUUCUCUUCAUGUCACGAACGCUCGGGCACUAAAAAGUUUCAUUUUAGUUAAGCAUUUAUGUUUCAAAAAUAGGUAAAAGUAAUGUAUAUGACUGAUAAGGCAGCAAAGGAAAAGCCCAGUCUCUUACAGAUAAUUUCUUCCAUUAGUUAGCUGCAUGUGUGUUGAAACUUCAUUCCCAGAGUUUGUUAGAGAUGUGUAAAGAUCUAAAUUUUCAAACUGAGUUCUUACCUUUGUACAUAUGUGACUGAUUUGAUGUAAAAGAUGAAGGUGAAGUUUGUGGCUGUUUUCAUUCAGCGCUGUGUAGUCUGGUAGAAGUUUACACACUCUCAGAGGUCCUUGCUGCCUUCAUCAUCCUGCUGAUGGAGGCAGCAAGGACCUCCGAGAUGUCAGUAAACUUCUACCAGAUUACACGGCGCAACAACCCAGACUCACCACCGUUAAAACCUCAAAUCCUAUGAAGGUGAAGUUGUCCCUGUGUUUAAGCACAAUGCCAGGAAAACAUACAGGGGACUGAAGGUAAAGCUGCAUUUGUUCUUAUUCUUGGCACUAGAUGGAGGUGAGUGGUCACAUUAACAUUAGUUUAAUUCAGAUGUGUGAACUCCAUACAUUUUUUAUACUAGUUUCAGAGAGAUGACAUGUUAGAAAGACUGGCUGGUGAGAAAUCAUGACUAAAUCACCAUAGCAAUUGAAAAAGAAUGUAUGGGUUACGCUGUUCUAUGAUGUAGCCUUCGGUAAUUGUCAAAUGAAUCUUGAAACCUUUAAUUAUUACUAUAAUUUAAACCCAAAUAGUUGUACCCAGUGGAAAACUGGUUAGAUGGAAGCAGCAAUCUUAUUACGAGGCGCGUCCUCAAAGUAAGUUUCCCACUCGUCCCACAGCUAGCAAACCUUAUACUGCGCGAAGCGACUGUGCGUACGUGAUAGAGCAAUGACGUAGCA